UGGCUCGCAGGCCCCCGGCCCCCGUAUAAGGGCCCAGGCCCGCGGCCUGGCCUUCCUCAGUCCCGGGAGCUCAGCGCCACCACAGCCGCAGCCAUGAAGUGUCUCCCGCUCGCCCUGGGCCUGGCCCUCGUGUGUGGCCUCCAGGCCGCCACCGUCCCCCUGACCAUGGACGGCCUAGACCUGCAGAAGGUGGCUGGGACGUGGCACUCCAUGGCCAUGGCAGCCAGCGACAUCUCCCUCCUGGACUCGGAGACCGCCCCUCUGAGAGUGUACAUCCAGGAGCUGAGACCCACGCCCCGGGACAACCUGGAGAUCAUUCUGCGCAAAUGGGAGCAUGGCAGGUGUGUGCAGAAGAAGGUCUGGGCAGAAAAAACGGAGCUCCCUGCUGAGUUCAAGAUCAGCUAUCUGGAUGAGAACGAGCUCAUCGUGCUGGACACCGACUACGAGAACUACCUGUUCUUCUGCCUGGAGAACACCGACGCCCCCGGGCAGAACCUCGUGUGCCAGUGCCUGACCAGGACCCUGAAGGCCGACAACGAGGUCAUGGAGAAAUUCGACAGAGCCCUCCAGACUCUGCCCGUGGACGUCCGCCUCUUCUUUGACCCGACCCAGGUGGCAGAGCAGUGCCGCGUCUAGGGCCCAGAGAGGAUGACACCCCUUCCAGCCCCGUCGGGGGGACUCAGGAGGGACCAGACCUGCCGGACCUGUUCGUCCAGCCCCUAGGCUCCUGGGGGGGAGCCAGCCUGGGGUCUCCUGCUCUGAGCCCCUCCCCUCCAGCAAUAAAGAAAUAAAGCAG